UGGAAGUUUUUUGCCAAAAGUUAAAAGAAGCCUGAAAACCCUCAUUCUUGCAGUUUGCUUGAUUCACUUCUUCAGUUUAGCAAACGUUAGCCUUCAAUACGAGGUCAAUCAUGGAGAGUUUCAGUUUCAUCUUGUUCAGAGGAACUAAACGGGUGACUGUCAAAGAAGACGACAUGACGACCGAAAAAAUCGGCAGGAUCUUCCAGGUACAUGGCCCCAGUCUCUACAUCACCGAUGACAGCAACAUAGCCAUAUUUCCUGGGCCUGAUGGCCGUUUUAGCACUUUAGACCUCAUUGCAAGAGGACAUUACGAGGUGCACGGCGAAAGCAGCGUGGAAGACUCAUCUACCGGCAGUGUGCCAGCAACACAGCCUACCCGCUUUUCUUUCCACCGCCCAACCACCGCUGCAGGUUCUGCUGCAGGUUGUGCUCCAGGUUCUGCUCCAAGGGUUUCAGCAAAUCAAAGAGCUAAUCUGACAAAAACAUUCCAAAGGAACAUCUUCAUUGCUGAACUUGUGGAUGGCAAGUUGGAGACUAGCACAACGCUGACUGUGCGUUUUUCAGAAUUUGAAGCUUCUGUUAUGGGCAUCCUCUACAAAGUCAGUGAUGCCCUUGAACAAGAGGAUUCACGCAUCCUCACUGAUGGCCAGGGGAACAAAAUCAUGGACUCUGAAGGAACCAGAGGAUCAGCAUUUUGGAAGCAAAAUGCAAGGAAAAUAUUUGCUGUGAAGGAAGAACACUUCUUGCAGUUACAAGCUAGUAAAAAGAGGAGACUGAGUCGACGAGAAGAUACAGGCCUCGAUCUGGUUUUUGAUAGAAUUGAAGAGGUGGUCCUGGCAUCCAGGGACUGCAAGAAGUGUCCACUACAAUGA